AUGUUGAUAGAACAGACAUUCGAAAGUCAGAAAAGACGAGUGUCCAUAAUCACAAUUUUUUCCGAUAGGCAGAAAUUUGGGGCAUUAUUGCAUUUUCCUUAUCCGAUAUUUAUGUAUUGAGAACCAAAUUUGUCUGACGGCUCGAGUUCUAUACGUACGAGAGAGAAGUGUGUAGACACAUGAUAUGUUGGAAGGUGAUAGAAGCAGGAUGGAUAACGAAGUUCAUCACCGCGUUGCCUAGCCACUCUGACGCGGCAAUCAGCCGUGUCAUCAAUAUGUUAAUUGCUUGAAUCAAGAUGCAUGUUGGAAAUAUGCAUUAGUUUAUUCUCAACGCCCAAAUAUUGCUUUUGAGCAUACACAUUUUUAAAUUGUAAAGAAUCAUUGUAGGUCAAAAUGAAAAGUCAGGAUGGCCACAAAUUCUACAACAUUGCAUCAUUGGUUCGCUUGGCAACACCGCAUCUCGUACAUUCCAACGCCAGGUUUCCACCUCCAUGAUCGUAGAUGAGCGAUUUUGGUCAGUACCCAUCUAGUCGCAAAACUCAAGCCAUUAGACAAAUUUGGUUUUCCCUGUAUUCUACUUUGCCAAAGUCAACCCGUCAUUUUGCCAUUUCAGAAAUUUCUUCGGGAAAAGGAUUUGAUUUACCAGGAAGCCCAUAUUUAAAAAAGAGACUGAGACACUGCAGAGUUGAAAGAUUUUCUAGGGCUAUCAGGUUCUAAUUUCAACCGUUGAGAAGAUUCCUGAGUAGGAAAGAGAAAGUGUAAGGGAAAAAAUGUUGAAGUUGUGAGAUUUAGAACUAACUUAUAGGUAUCUGUAUAAGUGUUCAUCAUCUGUGGCUUAAUUUGUUUAUAGAGGUUUUUAAAAUGCAUGAAUAUUCAAAUGAUGAUAAUAUACUACAAGCCCCUUCCCACUUCAGUUGACCCAACUAUUGAAAUCUUAGUUUUUUUCUUAUCCAACACAAAUAAUAAAAAUGUAGCAG